CAAGUCUCGCGAGAAUUCAGCAUGCCUUUACAGUGGGUCAAUAAAAUCACGCGAGAUUUCAGCGCUCUUAUAUAAUCCCGUGCUCGGUGUACUCAUCGGGUUUUCCAAACUUUCUGCAGAGACACGGAACCGGAGUCCAACAGAAGAUGUCGGCUGGCAAAGCGCAAAUCGGCAAACCUGCCCCUGAUUUCACAGCAAAGGCGGUGAUGCCCGAUGGCCAGUUCAAGGACCUGAAGUUGUCUGAUUAUCGAGGCAAGUAUGUAGUUUUCUUCUUUUACCCUCUGGACUUCACCUUUGUGUGUCCCACCGAGAUUAUUGCCUUCAGCGAUGCGGCCGAGGAAUUUAAGAAGAUCAACUGUGAGGUGAUCGGAGCAUCUGUGGACUCGCAUUUCUGCCAUCUUGCCUGGAUAAACACCCCCAGGAAACAAGGUGGUCUGGGACAUAUGAAGGUUCCUCUGGUGGCUGACACCAAAAGAUCAAUCUCUGAAGACUAUGGUGUACUAAAGGAGGAUGAAGGCAUUGCUUACAGAGGCCUCUUCAUCAUUGACGAUAAAGGCAUCCUGAGGCAGAUAACCAUCAACGACCUGCCUGUUGGUCGCUCAAUUGACGAGACACUUCGUCUUGUCCAGGCCUUUCAGUUCACCGACAAACACGGAGAGGUUUGCCCGGCCGGAUGGAAGCCCGGAAAAGACACAAUCAAGCCUGAUGUCCAGAAGAGCAAAGAUUUCUUCUCCAAACAAAACUAAACACAUAAGACUCUGCAGCAGUGUAGUCUAACGGGCCCCACACUGGCACUUAUAUCGAACCUCAGUAACAAUUACGACACUGUUAAGCCUAAAAUGAGUGCAUAGGUUUGUAAUUGUUGUUUAUGUUUUGUGUGACUUUGUGAGAAAUGUGAUGGUCAUGUAAAAGACUGCUGUUUUGUACGUUUAACCCUUUUCAUAUUUUCUUUGUGAGAUAAAAGCAGAAAAUAACAACA